AUGGAGGUCGUCUGGCCUCCACACCAAGUCGAGAACCGAAAAUCUCUUCAGACGCUCAAAACAGCUUGUUCAGAUGUCGACCCCCCCCCCCCAAGCCGUAACUCGUACCUUGAGUACAAACGCGACAACGCCCAGAUAAUACGCUGGAUAAUCACCACGGCAUCAAACAUCAAACGAAGACAGGAGAAGCAAGAGCGGAAAGGUUCUUCAGACUCGACCGCCUCCCAACCCCCCUCCUCCCCCCCCUCCUCCAAGGCGGCUGAAGAUAACCCCAGCAAGCCUCAAUUGGUGAAGAUAGACAGCCCUGCAAUCACUGUAGCAUCGCUCAUAUCAUUGUCGGAGCUGAUUGCAAAAUCAGAAAAAACUAUCCCAACAACGGUGUUUAGGCUCUUCCGAUAUGUGAUCAAUGCCCGUACGAGUGCGUAUCAGUUCUGGGCUAGCAUAUAUGCGGGGGAUCCAGACGUGGAAAUCAAGAAAGCAAACAAGGCCCACAAGGCUUUUCUUGAUGCCUUGAACACUGCGUACAAGGUUCUAGGCGGCCCAGAGUGGGAAGAACGAGAAGCGGAGGAGCGGAAGCAAAAGCCUGGCGAUGAGGUGACAGAUGAUCAUGAGCUUGCAAAUCGGUUCGAAGGGCUUGAGGUGGCCAUGCUAUCUUCUGACGGAGAGGCAUCUAAUAACCCAGACAAGCCUGCACCACAACGGGCUCAGCGAAAGAACAAAAAGGGCAAAGGAAAGAAAAAGAAGCCUACAGCGGCGCCGGAACCGAAACCACAGGAGUGGCCAUUGGAGGACUUCAAGCUCAAGGAUGACCCAGGAGCUGAGACAGAGGCCGUUUUUGGUGCUUUCUGUUUCCUCAAGGAUAUGGUUGACCUCAGGAGAUAUACCGCAAGCCUAUGGCGACAAGUCGCAGAAGAUGAAUUGCACAUAGCUGUCGCAGCUGCAGAAUUCUCUCAAUUCAGCAGCUUUGACAACAUCAUCCAUAUUUUCUGCCGUGGAGACCUAGAAGGGUCGACUGGCAAACUCAAGUUUGCAAAGAUAGGUCCACUAGGCACCCUUGAAACCACCGUGGUAGACUUCCGCGAACAUUUCUGUAUUUAUGCACAUGAGGAUCUUACAAGAUUCAUCACGGACUACCGAAUCAACAGAAACGGCAAACCCUCACCUGCCUAUGUCUCAUUGAGAUGGGAUCCGAAUUUGGGGCUGGGAACACUCAGCGCGCAGAAGCGGCGGCAAUGGCGUUCAGACUUUUCUAUGCUGUGGUUUUACGACUUUGUGAACUCUUAUGCCUCUACACUUCUCACUAGAGCGUUCCAACCAAAAACUCUAGAAACAUGGGACUGGAGUAUAGAAAAUAUGGGACGCCAGACACGCCGUAUGCUUUGGGGCCCUGUAGAAUUCGUAAGCGAAAUUGCAACCCUCGCGAUGAAACUCAUGCUCGACUCGAUGACUGCAUUCAGAGGCUGGCAUCUUGAUGUCAUGAUUGGGGACAGUGUUUCGCCUCCGAAGCCGUGGGAGCAAAUUUUUACGGAGAUGGAUUCAUUCAAAUCGAAAUGCUUGAAGGGGACAAGCGAUCUUGCGCAUGAAUACAUGGUUGACCAAGAGCGUUAUGGGGAUCCUCGGCGGCACAAGUACCCAAUUGAUGAGAUUAAAAAUAUCAUGACUGAAAUACAGCUCGUCCUUGGCGAUACUAUGCUCUCACGGGCGGAAGGCGCCCCAGCAUCUAGGUUCGAGUACAUAAAGACCAACGGGAUGUGGGCCUAUAACCCUUGGCUUUGUGGAACUGGUUUAGCAGAAGCAAUGAACUUUGUGUAUGAUUUCGGUAUCUCUGCGUGGGAUAAAUCAGGCCUUGCAUUGUGCAUUUUUCAUCUUUACAAUAUGUUUCUCGCUACCGGCCAUAUUCCCGAAGGCAAGUUCAACAUCAUGGAGGACCUAUUGACAGUGUUUGGAAACGACCUUUUCACCGGUGGAAAAAGACCCAAGAAAAACUUUUUCAAGUCUUGGAUGUUGGCUGCUGGAGUGAAGGCACAGGUUCUGGCGGAUCCACGAAAGAAACGCAUGAACAGAGGUGGUAACGUACUUGAUAGUGGGGAACGGAUGUCGAGCCUAUACCGUCGCGCAGAGAUCCGAUGCUUCCAUCGGAAGAGUCUACUCCGUGCCCUUCAAGAUGAAGAUUGGAUUCCCGAGAGGCUGCCUAAGGAGAGAAUUCCUAUCGUCAAUGAUACUUCCGCGGCCCAGAAAGAGAGAAGGCAAAAGGAGAAGGUGCUUUUCGAGCUUAUGAGACGAUCUGAAAAUAUGCCGAGUGAUAAAGUUAAAAUCAAUCACCCAGAAAAACCCGACGAGGAUUUCCUCCUAUCACUUAGACGUGCAUUGAUUUUGGAUAUCAACGGUUCAGUUCCGAAUGGAUCACUCAACCUUUCGGCGCUUUUAGGCUUUUUUAUGCAGGUAUUUGAGAAACUUGAUGAGGGAACGAACCAUUUCCCGAGGCCGUUGGGACCCCCGGUUGGGCCGACUCCAGCAGUACAUAACAAUGUCAUGAAGUUGGCCUUAGACCUGGAAGUCGAGGGGAAAUCGCUGGAGGGAAAUGAGGUUUUGGCAAAGAUGGGAAAGAUAUUUGUGAAAUACGUGGCUGGUGUCGAGUUGGGGGAUUUUGUAUUUGUUGAUUGGAUUGUUGAUGUGGAUUAA